CAUCGCGUGCAGGUGUUAUUGCGUAUUCGUCGCUCUCAUUUACACCGUCGAUCUUUCGCAAAUUCGCGGAGCCCCUCUGUACUCUGCAUUGAGCCCCGCUCGGCUCAGCUCUCUCCCUCUUCUCUUCUCUCUCUGUCUCUGUGUUCUGAAAGCCCUAGUUACCCACUCGCCCAAGCCUCUCAAAGCAAAUUGGAUUUUGAAUUACGCCUCUGCAAUCGAAAACCUCAUGAAUUGCUUCGAUCUGCGGAUUUGAAUUUGAAGGUUCCGAUAUAGGAUUAGGAAAUGGAGAAUCAAUUGCAGCUGGUGGUCUCCAGCCCUGCGACGUCGUUUCACGACUUAUUGGCCUCGCAGAGGGAGCUCUUCCGCAGCCAAGUCGAUCAUCUCGAGAACAUUGUCGUAACUCAAUGCAAACUCACCGGGGUCAAUCCCCUGUCUCAGGAGAUGGCUGCUGGAGCUUUGUCAAUUAAAAUAGGGAAAAGGCCCAGGGAUCUGCUGAAUCCCAAGGCUGUAAAGUAUAUGCAAUCUGUCUUCUCAAUCAAAGAUGUAAUUAGCAAGAAGGAAACUCGUGAAAUUAGUGCUCUUUUUGGAGUUACUGCCACACAGGUUCGAGAUUUUUUUACCACCCAACGAACAAGAGUGAGGAAACUAGUCAGGCUGUCUAGAGAGAAGGCUAGAAAGCCUAGUGCUUCUGAUGAACCCUGUGGUGGGAUACCUUUAAGUUCUGAUGCCAGUUUACCAGUUGAUCCUGUUCCCUUAGACAGUGUGGCUCCUACAAAUGUGGAGGGGCCAUCAUGUUCAACACAGGAUGAAGCCCUGUCAGGUGUAGAGGAGUCCGACAAAGAUUUUAUUGACAACAUAUUUAUUCUAAUGAGACAAGAAGAGACAUUUUCUGGGCAAGUUAAAUUAAUGGAUUGGAUCCUGGAAAUACAGAACCCUUCAGUGCUACAGUGGUUUUUAAGUAAAGGUGGUGUAAUGAUCUUGGCGACUUGGUUGAGUCAAGCAGCCACGGAAGAGCAGACCAGUGUUCUUCAUCACAUUCUUAAGGUACUUUGCCACUUGCCUCUACAUAAAGCUCUUCCAGCACAUAUGUCAGCUAUUCUGCAGAGUGUUAAUAAACUGAGGUUUUAUAGGACAUCAGAUAUCUCAAACAGGGCAAGGAUUCUCCUUUUUAGAUGGAGCAAAAAAUUGGCAAACCAGUCUUCUAAGAAACCUAAUGGUUUGAAAUCGGCCAGUGAUACACAGGAUGAGAUGCUGUUGAAGCAUAGCAUUGGUGAAGUCAUGGCUGAAGUUGAUGGCUUUGAAGAGUCUCUAUCACAGUUUGAUACUUCAGAGAAUUUGAGGAAGUUGGGUUCUACUCAACCGUUGAAGUUGCUCACAUCUUCUGCAGAAGAAUCUAAUAAGAAGACUGGCAGAGGUGCUUUAUCAGCCCAAACUCGAGAGCGCAGAAAGGUUCAGUUGGUUGAACAACCUGGCCAAAGAAUGCCAGGAAGGAAUCCCCAAGUUGCGAGAACAGCAUCUGCAACUCAAGGCCGACCACUUUCAGCUGAUGAUAUUCAAAAAGCCAAACUUCGUGCACAAUUUUUGCAGAGUAAAUAUGGUAAAAGUAAAACAUCAACUGACCAUAGCCCUCAGACAAAGCCUGAAGGUCCAAAUAAAAAUGCUGCUCCUCAAGAUGGCGUUUUCCAUUCAACUACUAAAACAUAUGACUUGCCAACAAUUAACGAAGAGAAGUCAAAAAUUAAUGAAGUGAAGCCAAAAAUUGAUGUAGAGAAGCCAGCAAUUGAUGAAGAGAAGCCAAAAUUUGAUGAACAGAAGAAGAUUGCUGAUAUUAAGUCCAACAUAUCAAAUCAACAGGAGACUCCUCUAAACCAAAAGAGGAGUUUGGAUGCUGAGGAACCUCCGCCAGGCAAAAAGUGCAAGGCAAUUCAGAUUCCAUGGCACACUCCACCAGAGAUGGUUAUUUCUGAAAAAUGGAAGAUAUGUACUGGGGGAAAUAGUAAAGAGGUAGAAGUUCAGAAGAAUAGAAUUCAUCGUGAAAGGGAAACUAUUUACAGGACACUUCACGAAAUUCCAUUGAAUCCCAAGGAGCCUUGGGACCGUGAAAUGGACUAUGAUGACACACUAACCCCUCAAAUCCCAACAGAACAAUUACCUGAUGGGGAUGGUGUAGAAACUAUGGUUUCACAAGCAGAAAAUGUGGAAACUAUAGCAGCUCCUUCUGCCAGCAGCUUGCCACAGAAUGUGAAUUCUAGCAUGCCUGAACCAGAUCUAGAGUUGCUUGCUGUACUACUUAAAAAUCCAGAAUUGGUUUUUGCUUUGACAUCUGGUCAAGCUGGUAACCUGUCAAGUGAGGAUACAGUGAAGCUGCUUGAUAUGAUUAAGGCAAAUGGACUGAAAUCGAUGAGUGAUCCUAAUGGGUUGGGCAGAAGAGCUGAGGAUAAGGUUGAAGUUUCUCUUCCAUCCCCAACUCCUUCCAGCAAUCCUGGAACGAGCGGAUUGAAAUCAGACGAGUAUGAAAAAAAUCCAUUCUCAAGGAGAGAUGCUACAGUAACUCCAGCGCAGCAGCCUCACUAUCCAGCCAUGGCAGCUCAACAGUUGCUCACACCGCAAUUUGCCCAACAACGGGAAUCGGCGAUGCUGCAAGCCACCGGGAGGAAUUAUCAUGAACAUCACCCCUCUCCUCUAAUUCCAUCUCUUAACCAGGCUGCUCCUUCCAUCUCCAUGAAUGCAUCAGAAUUACUGGUAAACAGGAACGGAGCGAUGUUCAGUUCAGCGUCACCCAGUCCAAUGGGCAUCCUUAAACCAUCAUCAAUGCAUGUAAUUGAUGCACCGAUGCCAUCCCGGGUUCAGACUCAGCCACAAGCAUAUUAUGUGCCUGAGCCUCUUCCGCCUCAGAGCUGGGGGGGAGCCAGGCAGGGGCUGCAUUCCCAUUCCACCCCGACUAAUUCUAACAAUUAUAACCCCCAUGUAGGGGCGACGACCCAACCAGGUCCCUGGAGAAGAAACGAUUAUGGGUUCGAGUCAUUUAGUCCAGAAAACAGCCCUGCUAGGUCCCAUGAAUAUGCUUCCAGGUGGAACCACUCAGAACCCAGGAUGAAUAAUUACCCCACAGAAAGGAUGACACCUCGCAAUCCUUCUACCUACCAUGAUCCUAACUGGAAUGUAAACAGGAGAUGGUCUGACCGGAGAAGAUAGACGACAGACAGUUCUGGCUUGAUUGGUAUACACCCAUUUUUGUGGUCAGUGUAGAGUUGUAGCUUUCGGAGAGGCAAGCUAGUAGCGAAAUGUAACCUAUUUGUUUUGUCAAUUGAUUGAUUUACAUUGCUUCAUGAUUCAUUCUCCUAUAGUUGUAAAACCAACAAAAAUGGAAAGGAAUACCUUUAUUCAAAUUUUCUUUCA